UUACGAAAGUCACUGUUCCUCUAUAUGGACCGCCAAUGAAUUGGUGUUGAGGAUGUUAGAGAAAUUGGAUCGAUUAGGAGUUUUUGGAAGAAUGAAACAGAAAGAGAAAGCCAUAUUCGGCCUUGAACAUAGCAUACACAAGAGUUAUGAUCUUAGAGCAAAGAUUAUUAGAAUAUUACUUACGAGUGAGUAUUCAUAUGCACAAGUUGAGAAAGCCUAUAUAAUGAUUAGGCGGCGUCUUGAGGGUGUGGAAAUGAGUCACCCAUUAGCGUUGCCCAUUGAGUUAGAGAAAGCGGCUUUGAAGGAUAAAUGUUUUACCAAGAGGAAGUUAUAUCCUAGCGUUGAUUCCUAUUCUGGAUUAUUUAUAACGCUGUGA